AUACAUAGUCGCGCCUAACACUGUUACGAAGGAUUACUGUGGAUUUAAUUUCUGAAGCCCCAGCACUUGCUAGGUAUCCGGCUGCCCAGCGAUCAGUACAACCCCGGACGAGUUGUGAUAUCCACCUGUGGUCGUGCAUAUUGAAGUUCUAUCUUUAAUAACAUCCAUAAAGUUUAAGUAUAUAAAUUCAUCCGCAUGAAAAAUAAACAUGAAGGACGGUCUCAAUAUAUCGUCCCUCCAAAGUCCUCAAGGCCGAUAUUCCCUUGUGCAAAAACUUGGCACGGGGGUAUUUGGAGAAAUUCAUAAAGCCAAGGAUAGCCAAGCAGCUGGCAAAGAAGUUCAAGUUAAAAUACUAUUCCUAAAAGAAGAAACUGAACAACACAUACAAGAGGAGUAUAAAAUUCUUCGUGAGUGCACUCAACACCUGAAUCUCGUCGAUUUUUACGGCGUCUUCUGUGAUAAAAGUGAAUAUUUGAAGAAAAUAUGGUUCGUUCUAGAGUUGUGCCAGUAUGGACCUGUCAUCGAUAUUGUCAGAAAACUCAAAGUGGCGGACAAGAAAAUGUCCGAGGAGCACAUAGCUUACAUCCUGAAAUAUACGAUCAAGGGCUUAUGUUAUCUACAUGAAAAUAAUAUCAUCCAUCGCAACGUACGAUGUAAUAACAUUCUCAUAACUAAAGAUGGAGAAAUCAAAGUCACUGAUUUUGGAUUAUCUUGCAAAUUGAACGGAAGCGAUGAUACAGCCAAGACGAUUCUUGGAUCCCCAAGCUGGAUGGCACCAGAAAUGGUCUCAGUCGGUGAAGAUGGAUAUGGGAACAGAGUUGAUGUUUGGGCUUUGGGAAUCAGUACAAUUGAAAUGGUCGAUGGAAAAGCACCUUUCCAAAAUAUGCAUCCAACCAGGGCACUAUUUCAGAUUCUAAGAAAUCCUCCACCAAGCGUAGCAAAACCGUCAAUGUCUUCUAACGAUCUAAAUGAUUUUAUUAAUGAGUGCCUGGAAAAAAAUCCCGAACACCGACCUUUUAUGAUGGAACUAGAAGAGCAUCCUUUUAUCCAGUCCGUGCCGGAAAACGACUUCCAUUUGUCCACUGAGUUAAAAAUGUUGGCAGAAGAUUUAGCACAGAAAGAAGUACCAUUUACAUUCCCUGAAAGAAUAAUUAAAAAUGGCUUGCUUAUCACCGAGGGAGGUAAAGACCCGGAAGUCAUGCAAGUGGAAGAUCUUGCAGCAUUAGAACGUUUGACAGAGGACAAUCUUAUUAACGAACUUGAAAUAAAAUAUCACAAGGGCCACUUUAUGUCAUUCAUUGGUGAUGUUCUCGUGAUACUUAACCCGAAUACACACGAAGAUAUUUACAAUGAAGAGCACCACAAAAAGUACGAAUGUAAAUCAAGGUCUGACAACGCACCUCACGUAUUUUCAGUUGCGGAUAGUGCGUAUCAAGAUGCUUUACACCAUAACGAGCCUCAAUAUAUAAUUUUUUCUGGAGAAAGUAAAUCCGGAAAAUCAACUUACAUGACCCACACACUUUCCCAUCUCACUUAUUUAGGAUCUAUGAAAAAUAAUACAGCAGAAAGAAUUCAAAAAGCUGCAAAUGUUAUUCAAGCUUGUAUUAGUUCAGCGACACCUGUUAAUUCAAACUCUACUCGAGGUAUACUACAAGUUCAAGUAACUUAUGGAACAUCUGGAAAAUUAAGUGGAGCUCUGUUUUGGCUAUAUCAACUUGAAAAAUGGCGUGUAUCAUCUACAGACAUGACUCAUGCCAAUUUCAAUUUAAUUUAUUAUUUUUAUGAUGCUCUUGAACAAAAAAAUAGGCUGGAUGACUUUUGUUUAGAAAGGAAUAGAAAGCAUCGAUAUCUAAGAGUUUUAGAUGAACCGUCAAGAAGCGCUAAAGGUGUGCGAGAAACUCCUCGUGAUAAUGUCAAAAAGUAUGAAGAAUUUAUAGAAAACUUGAAAAUACUGGAUUGGGAAGAGGAAGAUAUAAAAUUUUUGGAAACUGUACUAGCUGCCAUCUUAAUUUUGGGAAAUGUAAGAUUUAGAGAUGGUAAACAUGGUUCAGCUGAGAUAGAAAAUGUCGAAGAGGCAAAAAAGAUAACUAAACUAUUGUGUCUGGAAGAAGCUAAAUUUCUAUGGGCACUUCUCAACUAUUGCCUAAUCGAAAAUGGUUCUGCUGUGAAAAGAAAACAUUCAACUGACGAAGCUAGAGAUGCAAGAGAUACAUUAGCAAGCGCCCUAUAUAAAAGACUUAUUGAUUGGUUAAUUAAUCUUAUUAACGCAAAAUUAUCGUUCAUGCGAUCCGUUUUCGGUGACAAAUAUUCUGUAAGCUUACUGGAUAUGUUCGGAUUUGAAUGUUAUCAUAGAAACCGCAUAGAACAGUUGAUUGUAAAUACCACUAAUGAACAAAUACAAUUUUUAUACAAUCAAAGAAUAUUUGCUUGGGAAAUGCAAGAAACCGCCGAAGAAGAGGUCCCAAUGACGGACCUAGUAUUUUAUGAUAAUAAAAAUUCUGUUGAUCAGCUGAUGGGAAAACCUCACGGCAUUUUGUUUAUUCUAGAUGAAGCUAGUCGCGCUGGUAGUGGACAAGAAUACAUAAUGACCACAAUUAAGUCAAAGUGUAAAGGACCUUACGUCAAAUUGUCUGGGAGUCACGAAUUCUGCGUAGCACACUACACCGGUAAAGUGAAUUACGACGCAAGAGAAAUGUCUGAUAAAAAUAAGGACUUCCUACCUCCUGAAAUGAUCGAAACAAUGAGAGCAUCAACAAACCUCACAUUACAACAAUUAUUUAAAAACAAACUCACCAAAACUGGGAACCUCACAGCAGCUUCUAAUCAAAGCUCAGGAGCGGCGGGUUCGAGAUCCAAAACUGAGAAAGAACAGGAAAAUAUUAAAGCAAGGAAAUUCAACACUGUUUCUAAGGGCCAGUAUUCGCAAAUACGCAGAAUGAGGACCGCUGCUACGACAUACAGAGCCACAAGCUUGGAACUCCUCAAGCAACUCUCCAUAGGCCCUGGCAGUGGAGGAACAAACUACAUCAGAUGCAUUAGAACAGAUUUGAACGACAACCCAUAUGGUUUCCAGAAGGAGUUGGUUAGGCAGCAAAUUCGAGCCUUGGCUAUUUUAGACACGGCUAAAGCACGUCAGAGAGGAUUUUCUUAUCGCAUUCCGUUUACUGAAUUCAUUCGGAGAUAUCGCUUCUUAGCAUUCGACUUUGACGAAAACGUGGACGAAACUGCCGAUAACUGCAGAUUGCUAUUGAUUCGCCUGAAGAUGGAAGGUUGGGAACUGGGUAAAACGAAGGUUUUCUUGAAGUAUUACAAUGAGGAAUUUUUGAACAGAUUAUACGAAACACAAGUCAAGAAAAUCAUAAAAGUACAAAGCAUGAUGCGCCUUUUCUUAGCCAAACGAAAUGCUGUUAAAAAUAAAUCAAAAGUUAAGCACGUACAAGAGCUAAAGAAACACAAAUCACAAAAUGUAUCUGAAGAAGAAGCUGCUUUGCGUAUACAGAAAGCUUACAGAGGCUACGUAGUUCGCAAAGCGUAUGGACCUCUCGUCAACAAAUCUACUGGGGAGAUCGACGAAGUGACUGCUGGGUUUCUGAAGCGAUUUGCCAGGAAAUGGAAAAGCCGAUCCGUAUUCCAAGUUCUUCUGCAGUAUAGAGCUCUGCGAUACCAGGAUUUAGUGCACUUUUCACAACAGGUUCACAUUUACAACCAGGCGGUAGUAGAAGCUCUCCUUAACACCACUUCACCAGUGCUACUCGAUCGAGUAGAUCCUCAUGCUAAGCAAAAAAAUUACCUUGGCGCUGGACCGCCCACUGUUUGGAAGCUCCCAUUCCGAAUGGACCAAAUACAGUUUUACGAUACGUCUCAUAUGUGCGACCCUUCAGUUAAAAGCACAGAUACGUUCGCAAGUCCAUAUGAUUCAGACAGUGAACAGUGGGAUGAACCUUUGAAACGUCGUUGCAGCGCGGCGCAAACGGAACCAUUCAAGGCGUCGACGAGCACUCAGACCCUACUUAGCAUACCGUUCUGCAGAGACCCCACUCAGCCCGUGGCGACUUUACCACCCGACGAUCAGAUGCAUUCAAGACGUGAGAGCUUCAGCAAACCUGUUAUUUAUAAGAAUCCACCGCGUUGCGUUUCUCCCCAAAGCUAUUACCAACCACCCGUCCCUUGGUCGAGUGGAGGCAACGACACCAAAAUUUUAGAAAACACCGAUUACCGUAGAACGAGCGGCGCAUUAGAUUACUCAGUAAACAAACACGACCUACCCAACCCCAUAAACGAACUCCAAGCUAUGGCCAAGUGUACGAGGAGUGCCAGAGACGAUGACGAUGAUGAUGACCCUCCGUUUAAUUUCCAGGCGAUGCUCAAGAAGACACCGAAGAACAGAGCCUCGAUGAAAAGACACGGGGAGAUUAACCGCGAUUCGUACGACAGCCCGUCGAGGAAUCCAUCACAUAACAGAAGUUACGUGAACAGAAAUGACAACCAGUACAAUAACUCAAAGAGUGGCAACAUGAGGGUGUAUAAGAGUAGGCACGAAGAAACAUUUGAAGAUUCAUACGAAAGCAAUCCUUAUGGAGGCGGUGCUUCUAGACGCAAUUUAGUUUCGCCUAGCCAAGAAUCGUACGUAAACAUGUCUCCGGCUCAUUCAUAUAGAGGACCACCAACAAACGAUUUUGGUAGAAACUCCCGUGACUUUGAUGAUUCCAACUAUAAAAAGAAAGGCAUGCGAAACGAUCGUGGCUACAUGGACAACAAGAACAACUUGGAAACCGUUGAGAUAGCACCGGGUAUGACUAUUGAGGGCGAAGUAGCUGAUCUAUGAAAAGAAACCAAUAAUUCUUGUCGUAAAAAAUAUAUUUAAUCUCCAUUUAAAUAAGCAUACACUGCUCGAUAUAUUACUGUAGGUUUUACAUAAUUAUAGUUUUGACUUCCCAAGAUUAAAGCCAUUUAUUACGAGUUUUAGUACAUAGAAUCAGUUGAGUAGCUAGUACCUAUAGAACAAUUUUUAUUUAAAAAAAAUUUAUAAGGAUAAGCAGUA